AAUUUUUGCAUCGCGAUGGUGGACGUAAGCGAGCUCCAUGAGAUCCUGCAGGAAGCGGCGGCGGAACCCCCGGCAAAUGACGAAGGAUUCCACCAGGAGAAGACCAUCCAGAAGCUCCAGACGCUGUACGACCAGACUCCCUGCAUGAACGACCUCCAGAGCGCGCUGGUUGGCGCCAUGGCGGACGAUCGCAAGGGCAAAAUCGCGCCGGCCAUCGACCGCGUGCUCGAAGUCGUGAGCGCCGUCAAAUACUCCACGGAAGACGUGCUUGUGAUCCUUCAGUUCGGUAUUCGGUGCAGUCAAGCGGAGGACAAGCAGAUCCGCCUUCGAUCCACGCAACUCGUGGCGCUGCUGCUCCAGAACCUUCCCGAGAUUCCGGAUUCCAUCUGGGACGAGUUGGUCGAGUCCAUGCUCAUUCGCGUCCGCGACAAGAUCGUGGCCAUUCGCGUGCAGACGGUCCUCGUGCUGAAGCGCCUCCAGCAGCCCGAAUUGCCCGACGACGUCGUGACCGCGGCGUUGCUUCGCCUCGCAGUCGUGGACACCAACAAGGAAGUCCGCGUCGCCGCCGUCGAAAGCGUCGCGCUGACCCAACUGUCGGUGGGGGACCUACUCAUCCGCGUGCGCGACAUCAGCUUUGACGUGCGCUGCGCCGUGUUUCGCGUGUUCUCCCAGACCCACGUCAAGGACAUUUGCACGGCGCUGGAUCGCAUGUACCUUCUCGACCAAGGCCUACAAGACCGCCAUCCGUCGGUCGUUGAGUCGUGCCAAGCGAUGGUCGUCCACUGGUUGCGGCAGUGCCAUGACAACAUGCUCGAGUUCCUCGAGUACCUGGCGUUGGACCACCCCGUGUGCGCCGUCGUGGUCCAGUUCCUGCUGGACAAAGCCGCCAUUUCCGACUUGCCGCCGAUCAAGAGCAAGGCGCUGCUGGGGUCGACACUCACGCCCACCGAGUCGUUCUUGUGGAAGGAGCAGUGCAUCCACUUCAAGAAAGAUCAUGAGUUUGUCGAAGACAACUGCCCGACCCUUCCCGCCUACUGCGACUUGCUUCGCCAUGUCCAGGACCAAUGUUUGGUACGAUCUUUUACCCCAAAUGAGAGAAAUAUUUCUCCAAAUAGUAUUCGAAUCCACUUGAUCCAAUUUAAACUUGUACAAACAAAUAUGCUAUACAAAGAGUAGUAAAUAUAUAUAUACGGUUUAACAAUUCGCGUGGUUUGUCAA